AUGGAUCAAAGUUUGAGGGAUGCUGCUGAGCAAGGAAGUAUUGAUGCCUUGUAUGCAUUGAUACGGAGGGAUGCAAAUGUGUUGGAAAAGAUCAAUGAAAUUCAAUUUGUUGAGACUCCUUUGCACAUAGCUGCUUCUGCAGGGCACACCAAGUUUGCCAUGGAGAUCAUGAGGUUAAAACCCUCAUUUGCUAGGAAGCUUAACCAAGAUGGCUUCACCCCCAUUCACCUUGUUCUGCAAAAUAACAAAACCCGACUGGUGUACCAACUAGUUGCUGUUGAUAAAGACCUUGUUCGUGUCCAAAGAAGGGAAGGUGUGACUCCUUUGCAUUAUGUAGCUCAAAUAGGAAAUCUUGAUCCUCUGGCUGAAUUUCUAGUUUCCUCCCCCAUGUCUAUAAAAGAUGUAACAAUUCAAAGAGAGACUGCUCUUCAUAUUGCCCUCAAUAACAAACACCUACAUGCUUUUGAGCUUCUUAUAAGAUGGCUUCAUUGGAUCACAAUUAAAGAUGCCUCAUUCUAG